AUGGAUCCCAGUGCCGGUCCUCAUCAUCCGCCUCCACCCACCACCAGCAGAUCUUCCGCCAGAUCACUCCAGACCAACGCAAACGGAGCAGACCUCUCACGGAUGCAGCCUCAGCCUCAGAAUGAACAAGAACCACAGCCUGGGAGCUCUGCUGUACCAAAGAAGCGUAGGCAUCGCGGCCCUCGGAGACGCAGACAUCGUCGGCCAUCUUUCGCCCCGCAGCAAGACUCGUCCCAUGUCGACUCCGCCGAUGCAGAACGAAAUGGUGCUUCACCACAGCUCGACGUCCUGGAUUCUACUGGUGAACUGGAACCUUCGCAGCGGCGCCGUCCUUCCCUGUACCGCCUGGGCCAGUUGACUGGUGGGAACUUGAGUGGGACGAGUUUGGAUAGCGAUGUUCUGCUGGACCAUAGGCACCAACCAAUGAUGCGCCCUCGUAGGGACAGUCGACUUGCCCAAAGCUAUCGACCAGAGGUGCAACCCUCCUCUCGAUCCUCAGCAAGAGCUUAUCGGCCUUCUCCCAGCGCACAAGGGAUGGACAGAGAGGAGUCUGAGGAAGCUGACGAUCGAACCCCGUUGAUUCAACCAAGUUCUAUCCAUAAUUCCAGCUUUGUACGCUAUGGGACAAGCUUAGGACGUUCACCUUCCCACUUACCACGACUGCCCUCGACAGCCUCCUCCUCCCAGUCAGUGACUGGCCGGCACUCUGCUAGGACCUCUCAAAGCGUACGGAGAGAAUAUGAUGUCAACAAUCCACCCUCCGUACCUGGCAGCCCUAUUACUAGGCCAGAACUGGGCUAUGAUGAUCGGAUGAUCACCGGGCUGGACUUUACUUCGGGAUCUCCUGCAGUCGCCAGCAUUACAAGUAUGCCUUGUCAUGUUAUUGAUGUUGACGGAGACGGAGGCCAAACUUCGAGACACAGUUCCCGGCUGGCUUCUCCAGGGUUUACUCCUCCGGAGCUGCAGCGACGACGCACCCUUGCUCUUCCCGUCGAAGAAGAUGUGUGUUUUCCAACAGGUGCAUUGUCAGAGUUGGGUGAAGAAGACUACGCUCCCCAGCCUCCAAGGGAGGGAUUUGGUAGUGAACGAAGGCGGAGACGGAGACGUGUCUGGCCGGAUCUUUCGGUACUGGAGGAAUGGAGUCGCGCAGAGAAAGAAGACCGCAGCGGGGGGGUAAGAGCAAAGAACAUUAACGAGCCUGUGUUAAUCGGAGGCAGGUUGCGACCGCAGAAUGCAGGAUGGAUGCGAAAGGAAGAAGAUGCUCCAUAUCGAUUCACAUACUUCAACGAAGAGUUCCAGACUACCAUACACAGCCAGACGAUUUCGGAGCUCGUACAACCCGGUCAAACAUUCCGUACCCUCUUUAUCCCUGACCCCCCAGAAAUAGAGGAUGACUCUUCCGACGAAUCCGAUUCCCCUGAACUUUCCCAAUAUCGAGAAAAUAGCAUGGAUACAACUGCUACAAAUGGAUAUCAUGGCGUAGACCACUACCAAAACCCUCAGCAGACCUCUAGUGAUGCUACUGCAGUAACCACGGAGAAGGCAGGCAGAUCUUCAGAAGCUCUACCACCGAUCAAAGCUCCCAAGGAAAAGCGAUAUGGUUCACGGCCAACUUUCUGGCUUGAUGUACUCUGCCCUGCUGACACGGAAAUGCGGGUUAUUUCCAAGGCAUUCGGUAUCCACAGCUUAACAGCAGAAGAUAUCAUGAUGCAAGAAGCUCGCGAGAAAGUAGAACUUUUCCGACACUAUUAUUUCCUCAACUACCGUACUUUCGAACAAGAUGUUCGAAGCGAAAACUACCUCGAACCCGUCAACAUGUAUGUAGUUGUCUUUCGAGAGGGCGUCCUUAGCUUCCACUUCUCCAUGAUUCCACACCCCGCAAACGUCCGCCGCAGGAUCAGACAGCUGAAAGAUUACUUGAUCCUAAGUGCUGACUGGAUUUCGUAUGCCAUCAUCGAUGACAUUACCGACGUCUUCGGUCCCCUGAUACAGUCAGUCGAGAAUGAGGUGGAUGAUAUCGACGACACCAUUUUGCAGCUCCACUCCGACGAGAAAGAGGUAUCAGACGGAAAUGCGGCGGAAGAUGGAGAACCACUACCGUCCGGUUCGGAUAUGUUACGGCGCGUUGGCGAAUGCCGCAAGAAAGUGAUGAGUCUUUAUCGAUUGCUAGGGAACAAGGCGGAUGUAAUUAAGGGUUUCGCAAAACGGUGCAAUGAGCAGUGGGAAGUGGCUCCCAAGUCUGAAAUAGGGCUUUAUCUGGGUGAUAUUCAGGAUCAUAUUUUGACCAUGACAAGUAACUUGAGUCAUUAUGAAACACUCCUAUCCCGCGCCCAUUCAAACUACCUCGCACAAAUAAACAUCCGCAUGAACGAGCGACAGGAGAAAACAGCCGAUGUUCUCGGCAAACUUACCGUCCUGGGUACCAUUGUUCUUCCAAUGAAUAUCAUCUGCGGCAUGUGGGGUAUGAAUGUGAAAGUUCCCGGGCAGGAUAUUGAUAAUUUGUAUUGGUUUUGGUCUAUUACUGCUGGUCUCGUCGUCUUCGCCGUCGCCUGCUUCUAUAUCGCCAAACGUGUAUACGGAAUUGUAUGA